AUGAGCAUAUCGGAAAAAGCAGAGAAAAGCAUCCUUGAUGAAGAAAUUGCGGAUGCCAUUACUUGUUUGCAAGAUGAUUCAUGGACUUCCGCCGCAUCAAAUAACCUCUACCCGUUCCGAUUCGAGCUUUCCACAAUCGGGAACAUCCUAUUGAGAGGAAACCGUUUAAUCAUCCCGACUUCUCUGCAGGAAAAGGUGCUAGAGCUAGCCCAUGAAGGCCAUCCAGGCGAAUCCGCAAUGAAGCGUCGGCUACGCUCCAAGGUUUGGUGGCCUGGCAUAGAUCGUGCGGCUGAAAAGUUUGUAAAGUCCUUCAGAGAUUACCUUCUGGUCUCGCAAGCAAACACUCCAGCACCGAUGAGUAGGACACCGUUUCCAACGGGUCCUUGGAUAUGCGUGGCUUCCGAUUUGUUGGGUCCUUUGCCAAAUGGCGAAUUCGUACUCGUUUUCAUUGAUUAUUACUCGCGAUACUUGGAGUUUAAGUUCUUGCGUUCGAUAACAUCAACGACCAUUAUCGAUGUAAUAAAAGAAAUACUCUGCAGACUUGGUUUCCCCAAAUACUUACGGACGGACAAUGGACGGCAGUACAUCAGUAGUGAGUUUAAAGAAUAUUGCAAGGUUUGUGGCAUAGAGCAGAUUAGAACUCCGCCUUACUGGCCUCAGGCAAAUGAAUACGAUGUCAUAGAGAGAAAAGAAAACAUAGCUGUAGUGUCGAGUGAUGGUGACUCCACCAGAAGACUUGACAAACACAGAACAAACGGAACACCAGCCAGCACAGACAGCUGGGAUGAAGCUACCAAGCUUGGACCAAGGAGUGAAAUUAAAGCUGAUAUAAAAGGAGGGAUGUGGGAACCGGCAGCGAAGAGCGAGAGCGACAGCGGUAGCAACGACGUCAGCGCCGACGUCAACGGUUGA